GUUAGUCGCUGUUCCGACAUUGAUCACUGCGCCCUCGUUAGACUCGUAUAAAUGUUAUCGAAGCAAGAAGGCAUCAGUCGAUCAUAUUAGUAGUGGAUGUGGUUGACUUCUCUGACAGGAAUAACACUGAUUAGAAUCAUGAAUCGAAAGUCAUCAGUACGUAGUAAAAUAAAGGUCAAUUCCGAGGGAUUAUUCUGUAACUAUGGUAACCGAAUUUGUAUGAAACAUCGUCUAGAAGGCUACGAGUUCUGUAUACGCCAUGUUUUAGAGGAUAAAACGGCUCCCUUUAAACAGUGUAGUUUCGUACCAGGGAGAAAAGGUGAAAGAUGUCCGAAUGCCACGCCGAAAGGUGACAGGAAAGAUGGGUAUUGUAUGGAACAUGCAAGGAGAGCGAAUUUAGUUCGACAAAAACAUUUAGCAAGACAUCAACCUGCGGAUACAUCAGAAAGUUUAUUAGUAGAGUUAUCACAGUCGUCCAGUCCUUUAGUUGAUAAUAUAAAAGAUAAUAAUAAAAAUAAAUCAAGACUACCAGCAGACAGUAUCGCGAAUAGAAUACUCGAUUAUGCGAGUUCUGAUGAAUCUGAUGUUGAGGGUUGUUUAAUAGAUGGAACAUGGCGUGGUGAUGGUGACAGCGAUGCAGAAAGUAUUGACAGUGAACAAGAAGAUGUCCUCAAACACGCUGGUGUAUAUACAGCAGAAGAAGUGACGUUGAUUUUACGUGAUAAGUUAAUCAAACUACAGUCGUUAUAUAUUGACCAGUUUAAACGUUUACAACAUGUGAUGAAGGAACAAAGACGAAGAUAUAUACAUACACACAAACAGGAGAAAGAUUCACUAGGUGGACUUAAAGCUUAUAAAGCAGAUCCAUAUCUACGAAAAAAAUACGAUAAAUUGAAGGCGUACAAAAGAUACCAUAAUAGAUACGGAAAGGAGGCCAUUUUACAUCGUAAAUCCAAUGUUCGUCGUGUGGCGGUGUCGGAAGGUGUUGGUUUUAAAACCCAGAUUUAUCCCAAGUGUCAAGGACUAGAAGAUGGCAUGAAAUGUUUAGAGAGAUCUGUUCCGUUAUCUAAAUACUGUUUUAAACAUAUUUUACACGAUACCAACCAGGUGUUGUAUCGACCGUGUAGUUUCGCUCAUGGAGGAUGUGGUGUUCCUGUAGUACCUAUAGAUGAUGAUCCACGCUGUCAUCUACAUUAUACCAUCAUAGACACCACAAAUCAUCAAAUACAACAGGAAGAAGAGUUGGAACCUGUUGAUGUACGAGAACAGACAGACGCCAGUACGGACAGUACGCUCAGCGCUACUGGAGAAUUUGAUAGACCAGAAAUAUAUAACAUGACACCUGACCAUAUCAAACCAGAAUUGAUGGAUACAUCUUGAUUCGUAGUUAAAAUUACAAUCAUUUUGUUGAUGGCUGUCUUUGUGGAAAGAAAAAAGUCUUAUAUUUGCCAUCCUGUUUCUAAAUGUUACAGAAAAUGGAGGAAAGAUGGGAAGUGGGUGUCUGCUUGAAGAAAUAAACAUGCCAGACGUUGUAGUGUGGGCUGUCGUUAUUGACAUGCUAUUGGAUAGCUGAAUUCCCGAGAUUAAAAGUUCUUGUACAUAUAUUGUA